UACAACUUGUUGAACCCCUAAAAGGAAAAGAAAAUGGCAACUCCUAACAUUUCAAUCAACAAAAGGUCCUCAGAGAUUGUGUUUUUCGACUUGGAAACAAACGUUCCAUCGAAACCUGGACAGAAAUUUUGGGUGUUGGAGUUUGGUGCAAUGGUAGUUUGUUCAAGAAAGCUUGUUGAACUUGAGAGCUACUGCACCCUUAUUAGGCCAGGGGACUUGUCAGUUGUUGGAUUAAAGUCAGGGAGAGUCGAUGGUAUUACGCGAAAAGCAGUUGCUGAUGCACCUUCAUUUGAACAAGUUGCACAAAAGAUCUUCAACAUUUUGGAUGGUAGGAUUUGGGCAGGUCAUAACAUACAGAGAUUCGAUUGUGUUCGUAUUAAGGCAGCUUUCGCUGAAAUUGGUUGCCCUGCACCUGUGCCUGUUGGAAUUAUCGAUUCCUUAGGUGUUUUAUCUGAGAAAUUUGGUAAAAGAGCUGGAAACAUGAAGAUGGCUUCGUUAGCAGCUUACUUUGAUCUCGGGGAGCAAAAACACAGGAGCUUAGACGAUGUUCGGAUGAAUUUGGAAGUCCUAAAACAUUGUGCAACAGUUCUAUUUCUUGAAUCAAGUCUACCAGAUUUGUCAAUUGGGAACUGUCAAAGCACAUCCAGCAUUACUACAAGAAGUAGAAGCCAAGUGCAUAAUAUUCCAACUUCUCCGAUCGAUAAGUGGCAGAGUAGUCCUUCCUCAAUAAUAACAAGGAGUAGUAGCAGAGGGAAAUUUCCGUGCAGAGAAGAAGCAAGCCGGAAAUCUCCUCCAUCGACAAGUGCUAUUGGAUAUCAAAGAACUGUUCCUUAUGCAAAACAAAGUUUGGGAAAGGUGACUGCAGGUGUGAGGAACUUGUUGUGUAAAGCUCAAAACAAGCCUCUGAAUACUUUACUAAAGCAUUCGCAGACUCUCUUCCGAUGAACAACAUGAAUCGAUCCUUCUCUCAUUUAUUGGAUCAUUCAAGCAUAAGGGGUGCAUAGAUACCUACAAGUUAACUUUCUUGGAAAAUGCCUGGAGGAAUUUUUUUGGUCCCCUAUGUGCCUGUUGAUGGAAAAUUCACUUGGUUCUAAGUUAACGAUUCUGUAUUCUUUGGUUACUGAUUCUUCAAGUUGUGGAGUUCUCUGUAAAUGUUUGUACCUCUCAAUGAAUAAAUUUCAGCUGAUAUUCUUUGAUUCGAGCCAA